AAGAACUAUAAGCAUGUCGGAACCACCUUGCGCGAUUCUUCAAUCAAAUUGAUCCGUAGAUUAAAUUUUGUUUGAUUUGUUUUUUUUUUUUCCUUUAAUUGCGUAUCACUUCACUCUACUAAUUUUUACUUUCAUCUUUCUUUCACUACGUCGCGCUAUGGGAUUUUUACUUUUUACAAAAACACUGUACAAGCUAGGCACGACGGAUCAGUAAGAGAAAAUUCAAUACCUCUAGUAACGAUUUUAUUUUGAGGCUGUUUUCAUGUAAUUCGGAUACUUUGGCAGUUUAGAAAAAAAAAAAAAAAAAAAAAAUUGCAAUUUGAACCCAAGAGAUUUUGUGCUAUGGAAUAAUUAUUCUUGUUGUUUUAUACAGCGAUCAUAGAAGAGUGUAUCGAUAUUAUUGGCCUGUUGGUUCUCAAUGUAUUUCGUUACGUCAUUUUACUUUACAUUAUUAUUCGCUAUUUUUCUCCGAUAUAAAUUUUCACUUGAUUUACUAAAUUACAAAGUGACGAUUAUCAAUAAUAAUUUUUCGCUAUCCUUAUAAUAUUUUCGUGGGGUCGUGUGCGCGUAAAUCGUAUCAACACGUUGAAAUGUAAAUCUAAAAGUUUCUCUUAACAGUUUAAAAUCCAUCGAGUUCGGCGAAGGCUUGAAUUCUCAAUUGCCACCCUAAGACAAGAUAUUAAGAAAUCGCAAGGUAUAAAAAUCGUUGAAAUUUUACAUAAAGGAUACAAAAAUUUUUUUCAAAUUACAAAAACCACUAAUAUAACAAAGUCUCGCGUAACAAAGACGUUUAACCCUAUAACAGACUUUAUGAAAGACCAAAGGUGGAUGUUCAAAACUUCUUUAUUGAACCACAAGAAUGUUUGCAAAGUACGUUUACUUCGAACUUUAAGAGGAUUAUCGGAGAUGAAAUCCCUCUGACAAUUGUAAAUAAAAAUCUGUAUAGGGAUGAAUGAGAAAAUGGCAAAUUCUAAGAGGAUUUCAUCUGUGGUCCGUUUGUGGUGGUGAGUUUACCAAGAUGAAGGUUCUGUGUAACAUAAAGAACGACUAGUUAAUAACGGAUGAGAAUGUACUCGAGGUGACUGGAUACCAAAGUAAAGGUGGAGCGUGCCUGGGUAGGUCGCUACCACCGAGAAGAAGAAGAAGGAGGUCGAUGAGGAGAAGGAUAAGAAGCAACAGCAAAGGCGAUGGAGGCGAACGGGACUGAGAGCAGCCUGAACGGCACAGAAGCCAAUCGGACUGUCACGCCAAUUUUUACCAUAGGCACGGACUUCAUUACGCAAUGGAAAUUAAAGAGACAGCGGGAACGUCUUUGUCGAUAUGUGUACAAUCAGAUCCUGACGGCUGAGUGUACACAAUUGAAUGGCUCCUGGCCGGAUCCUGAUGACCCACGUUGGAACAGUGGCGAAUACGCUGACCUUUUACCUGAUUGGUUCCCCACCAAUGCUACUAACGUCUCCUCCGUCGGUAAUGCAACCUCACCGACUACUCAAGAUGAGUCACUCAGUCCUGUGCUUCCGCCGUUCGAACUUUGGCAGACGAUCCUGAUCGCGUUGUGCUUAGCAAUCUGUAUAGUACUCACCGUAGGCGGUAAUAUACUUGUACUGCUAGCGUUUAUCGUGGACAGAACAAUCAGACAGCCGAGUAAUUACUUCAUUGCUUCACUCGCCGCUACUGACAUGCUAAUCGGUACAGUUUCCAUGCCAUUUUAUACGGUUUACGUGCUCAUGGGAUAUUGGGACUUGGGACCGUUACUGUGUGAUCUAUGGUUGUCUGUGGAUUACACGGUGUGCCUGGUGUCGCAAUACACGGUUCUGUUGAUCACUAUCGAUCGGUUCUGCUCGGUUAAGAUCGCAGCCAAGUACAGAAACUGGCGAACGAAGAGUCGGGUGAUAUGGAUGGUGACUAUCACGUGGAUAAUACCAGCUUUGCUAUUCUUCAUCAGUAUAUUUGGUUGGGAGCAUUUUGUGGGAUAUAGGGAUCUAAUGCCUGGUCAGUGCGCGGUGCAGUUCCUAAAGGAUCCUGUCUUUAACACUGCCUUGAUAAUUGGCUACUAUUGGACCACUUUGAUAGUGCUGUUUAUACUGUAUGGCGGUAUCUACAAGACGGCGUACGACAUGCAGAAGAAGAGCGAGGCGAAGCAACGUAAGAUGCAGUCUAUGGUAGCGCUGAGUGCUGGUGCAAUGUCAGGGAUGGCUGGACGUGCGGCGGGUAUUGGAAUAUCAAAGACACAGAGUACUUUGCUCAGUCAGGACAAGCCGAAAGCAGUGGGAGCUACACCCGGUGGUGGCGGUGGUGGAGGAGUUCCGGUAGCGUCGACUAACACCGCAGGAAAUGGGGAUAACGUUGCUGUGCAGAAGACGUCCUCCAAAACGGCACCUGGUACCGGUGCCACUGUAGAACUUGAUACCAAACAAAUGAGUUUACCGAUUACAGCAUCUGAGACGGAGAAAUCCGAAAGAUCAAGCAGCCCAGCAUUUGAUUCCGAUGAGGAUAGUACGGUUGGUCCAGCGCAGCAAUUGAACUGCGGUAGGAAAAGAUCAUCUUUAGCUGGUCUGGUAGCGCAAUCCGGUGCGCUCCAAGUGUUCAGUAGUAACGGUAGGAUAAAUGGUAUAAUUCCAGUGAAGGUGGAGAUGAACGUCCCUGCGAGGAAGCCCUCACCGACGAGUCCUGGCGGUGAUCAGGUCACUGGGAAUCUGUCAAAGACUCAAACUCUGCCUCUGAUCCAGGAGCAGAGCCUGCUAGAUACGGACAAUCCAAUUGAGCCUGACAGGUCCAGCAGUACCCUGACCCCAGAGCAAUCGCUGAAAUCAAUAGGAACGGAUCCAAGGACAGGGCUUGGUACCAUAGACAGCGAGGUUAUGGGUAACAAUGAAUCUUUAAACACAACACCGUCUGCUCACUUGAGAUUCUCUUUGAUCAAUGCUCAAUCAAGCGCUCAACAGAUCAUCAUACCACCUCCGUCACAAUUUCAAAGUAGUCCACCGGUUUCCGACGCCACCUCCACGUCGUCCUCGACGGACAGACCCAAAUCAUUGGUGGUAUCCAUUCAAAGUCAGAUCACCUAUGACAUACUGACUGGUCUUGAUGGUGCUGAUCUUCGAUACAUGGACGAGAGUUCAGUGAUAGUACCUAGUCCUUCUUACGAGAGUCCACCAUCUUCUUUCACCUGCAGUCUAGCCAAUCCGUUAUCAACGGCGCCGUCUUCGCCACUCUUAGGAAACCUCGGCACCUCAGCUGCCAAUACCAGUCUUCUUCAGGCGGCGCUGAUCCGCGCAACCGCCCAGCAAGCCGGAACAACCCAAACACUUAUAAAUUCUCAGCACGAGCCGAUCACUCAACAUGCCUCGAGCCAAACACUUCCGCCUCGCGUGUUCAUUACUCAUCAGAGUAACGCGUCCUCGCAGACCUCACCGACAGUGAGUAAAGUCAAUACUGAGGUCACUGUCAAAACCGAGGACAUAAAGCGUCAUCAGCCAGUGACAACCAUAACCACUGUUGUCAACGAAACACCCCCUGUCGAAUCAUCCAACAGCAUAACGGACAGACUUUCCGACCAUGCACCAAAACCAGUCAAUCCACCUCAGAACUCAUCAUCCAGCAGUGUUGUUCCAACGAUUUCCGGUACCACGAGCGGAGCGGAAGCCAAGAGGCAGUCCAAGAAGAGGGAGGCUGGCGACGGAGAAGAGAGUGGCUCCAGGAGAGACUUCGUUAAGACUAUUGGUAAGAGGCUGAAGGUGAAGACACAGAAAAAGGAUCCCACUGUGGGAAGACAAAAGUCCAGGACUGAAAAUAGAGCUCGCAAAGCCUUCAGGACUAUAUCUUUUAUUCUCGGAGCUUUCGUCGCCUGCUGGACGCCCUAUCAUAUAUUGGCGCUCGUUGAAGGUUUCUGUGCGAAUCCACCCUGCACCAACGAGCACUUGUACAUGUUCUCGUAUUUUCUGUGCUACGCGAAUAGUCCAAUGAAUCCAUUUUGUUAUGCACUGGCGAAUCAACAAUUCAAAAAGACCUUCACGAGAAUAUUAAAGGGCGAUUUGCACAUGACGUAAGAAAAAUAUUUGAAUUAUUUUCAUAAAAAAAAGAAAAUCAAAGAAUGAGAGAAUAACGAAUGCGUGGGCUACGUACGCGGAUGGCUAUUGUGGGAUUGUCGAAAUUAGGCCUCCCUGGAAACCGCACCGAAUUAUACGUGUGAAUGUGGUCAAACUGGACAAUAAUGUAAUGGAAUAUCUGUAUGAAUGAAAUAAAUCGUUAAUUGAUAACACGUGGAGCGAGUAUAUCGACGAAAAAAAAAUAAUACCGAUAAUUGAUAUAAUAUAUAUAUAUGUGCAAUAUAUAUAUAUUAUGUAAAUACAAUUAAUCUUCUUUUAAUUGUCUCGUGACCUAAUCAACUGUAUAUAAUGUAUAUGUGUGAAUAUUUGUUAAUUUAUACAUACACAUUACGACACGCGUAUAUAUUAAUCAGAUAUGACAAUUCGUAUGCAUAUACACUCACGAUAAUAUAUAUAUAUAUAUAUAUAUAAAUACAGUAGAGAACAAACGAACGGUAUAACGAAAUUAAUAAUA